CACGCAACGCGACGUCUCUCGGUCCGUCGUCCCUUCGUCCCGCGAGUGGUUGGUUCUUCUCUGCUCGUUUAUCGCGGUGUGUCGUAAUAAACCCCGGGUCGCAUAAUCUUUCUCGCGUGCUUCGGCGACCGGAUCCAUCGCCGUAUAGUCUCGUGCCGUUGCCGAAUCCGCGAUAAUCGGAUACGCGCCACCUGCUGUGCGCGAUCCGUUCGCCACCCUCGCACCACCCAACCCCGGUUGUCGUCGUUGUCGCCACCCCUCCUCCACUGCCCCGUUUCGCUGGCCCCUCGAUUGGAACGAAUGUCCGUGGGCUCGCGCCGCGACGGAUAUCCCGCGAGGAGCGGAGGAUCGUCCUCGCGAGGGAAAUCGGCGAGGGAGUCGACCGUCGCCCAUCCGUGAUUCCGCGUCGCGAUUACAGCGAGCGGCUUCGAAUUUUGGCGCGAGUGCACCACCGGCGGCGGCAACUUCACGCCGAUCGUAUCUGACGACAGAUCGAACCGGAGUACUGCGACACGUGACUGUAUUCGCGCUGUGAAUCGUCAACGUUCGCCGGCGGAUAACGUCCGAAAUUCGCGGUGUUUCGUAAUCGCCUGCGCUUCGAUCGUCUGCAUCGCCGCCGUCGCGACGCGCUCCCGAACGCCCGGAAGAACGCGGCUGGGAUUCCGCCCUGGGAUCCACCGUUUCUCGCGUGUGCGUCAGAACGAGCUUUCGAACGACCUUUCUAACGUGCGGCCGAUGUGACGUCACGGGGGUGGCGCCAUUAAUUAUCAGCCAAAUAAGCCUCCGACUGUUAGCUUUUUAAGGAGUUCGAGAGAAGAAAGAAUAAGCGGGCAGAGAGAGAGAGAGAGAGAGAGAGAGAGAAGCUCUGCUCGAAGCUUCUGGAGUAAAAACAACAGACCGCGGAGUCGAAGGGAUCAUCGGACUUAAUUUGUCGAGCGGAGUAGGGUGUUUUCGCAAGGUGGAAAACGUGCGAUCGGAGAAUUCGCCGCAAGUUUUCGCAUGCAAGUUCACGCGAUAACUUCGUGAGACUUAGCUCCGCGCUGGAUAAUUGGAAGAAGUCUCCUGAUUGUUGGACCGUGGAUUUUAAAAAACCCUGGUACUUGGAGUCUUCAGGAUCAAAGAAGAAGAUACCCACUGAGUGAUUGCGAGAAGACACAGAGAAUCUCCUGGCUGUUGUCUUUGGAUUGAAGAAAUCGUGAUUCUUGGAGCUUUCCGAGUCCGAGAUUCCGUGAGUAAUUGGAGAAGAAGAAGAUAUCACCGGUGUGGUGUGAUUGGAAGAAGACACAGAAAGUCCCCUGAUUGUUGUCUCUGGAUUCAAGAAAUCGCAUCCACUUGGAGCCGUCAGAGCUCCAAUAGGGACGGAAAAAAGAGGAAGAGGAGAAGAAGAUACCGCCUCAGGAGUUCGCGAAUAUUGGUGUUCGCGCGAAACCGAACGGAGCGCGUUAUCGAGGUUCUUAACAGCCGACGGCUUCGACGUUGUACAUACAAAGAAUGUUUCUCUCAAGACGCCCGUCGACGAUCGAGAGAGGGGAAGAAGCGGAGCGAAGCGGAACCGAGACGAUCUGUUGACAGCGAAGCGAGAUUGCGACGCGUAACUGGCGCGUUGGGUUUUUUUUUUCUUAAUUAAAAAAGGAUCCAUUAUCGAUCGAGAUAAUCGCUACGCGCGCGCGCGUGUGAGUGUGUGUGUCGCGAGUCGUCGUUCACGUACGAUAUGUGAGAGGAAAGUGUGAUAAAGAUAAAUCGUGGUAAAAAAAAAAAAAAAAAAAAAAAAAGACUAUCCUUCUCGAGCGGAGUGGACAGCGCGAGUUCGUCAACUCUUUCACGCCACUUAAUCCGGCCCGAGACUUAGCGUUUGUGUUAAAGUGUGUCUGUGUGCUUUUGUGCCGUCGUAAGCGGACCUCCACAAGCCAUGGAAGCAUCCGGAGUGAUUGCAGAGAGGUUCCUGGGGAUGAGGCUCGUCGGGAUGAGAUUCCUGGUGUUCGCCGUCGCCGCCUGCUUGAUUCCGGCAGUAAAAGGCGAGGGACAAUACUUUCGGGUCAGGCCGAGCAAUAGCUCCGUGCUGGAAGGCGGCGAGGUGACAAUUUUUUGCGAGGUGGGGAACCGAGUCGGUACCGUCCAAUGGGUCAAAGACGGAUUUGCUUAUGUCAUACAGCAGAACGGCGAAAUCGUGGGCCAUCCCAGGUUGAAAUUGAUCGGCGAUCAGAACGCCGGUAUUUUCAACCUGAAAAUUACCGACGCGUCUCUGACCGACGACGGCGAGUACGAGUGUCAAGUCGGACGAUAUCUGCGGGUCAAACCAAUCCGCGCCAGCGCUCAUCUGAUCGUCACUUCACCUCCACAGAAGGUGGCAAUCAGUAAUCACCCGAAGAAGCAGAUAAUCGAGGUGAAGGUGGGUGAAUCGCGGCGCUUAGAGUGUAUCGUUAGCGCAGCCAAACCGGCUGCCUCGAUCAUUUGGUAUCGCGGAAACACGCAGAUCAAGGGCGGCGACACCACUAUCGCCGCAAUCUCUAUCCAGGGUGACAAGGAGAAGCCCGGGGAGACGAAGGAAUUGCUCAAAUACGACACUCACGGUUCUAUUACCAUCAUGCCUACGGCAGAUGAUAAUGGAAUGGAUUACACCUGCGAGGCCAGCCACCCGGCAAUACCCAUAGAUAGGCCUAUGCGGGCUACCAUUACACUUUCCGUUUUCUAUCCACCUGGUCCACCAUACAUAGAGGGUUAUACAGAGGGUGAGACCGUGCAACGCGGUCAAAAUGUGGAGCUCGCCUGUCGAUCACGUGGCGGAAAUCCACAGGCGGAAAUUGUCUGGUACAGGAAUGACGAGAAGGUCACGGCGGCUCAUCGCAGAGGUCCAGGCGUCAGCGAGAACGUGUAUUCGUUCAUCGCCCGAGCGGAGGACGACAAGGCUCGCUACAGAUGCGAGGUCUCUAACAUCAUGAGUGUGCAACCCAUGAAAGUACACGUCGAUCUCACCGUACUGUUCGCGCCUGCCGGAGUAACCAUCAGCGGUCCGACCGAGGCGAAGGCGGACGACCAGGUGCUCAUUACUUGCACGACGGAGAACUCGAAUCCGCCCGCGGAUAUAAAGUGGACGGUGGACGGGCAUAAUUUCGAGAGCAACGCCUCGAAGACGGAGCUGGCACCGAACGGUGGCUGGAUCACCAGCUCGAACGUGACGUUCAGCAUUAAUCGCAAGAGCCGCAGCAUCGUCGUCAUCUGCCACGCUUCCAACGCCAAGCUCACGGAGAACGUGGUCGGCACGCACACCAUCAACGUGAUAUAUCCACCUUCUAAACUAACCGUUACCGGAUACGAAGAGGGCACGACGAUAGUCGCUGGAACAGUGUUGAAGCUCAUGUGCACCGCUACGGCGGGUAAUCCAUUGGCCACGUUAACAUGGUACAAAAACGACCGCAAGAUAUCCGGAACAGUGAGACAGCGAAAUCACGCUGUCUCGAGUGAGCUGGCGAUACUAGUCAACGCAUCCGACAACAAUGCCCACGUGCGAUGCGAGGCGACGAAUUCCGCCACUGAGAUCCCUCUACUCAAAGUUCUCGUGCUAAAAGUCUAUUUUCCGCCCGAGAGGGUAAAGAUUAACCGCGAACCCCAGGAUUUUCACGCCGGCCAAGAGGGACACCUAAUCUGCGAAUCGAGCAGCAGCAAUCCCGCCGCCGAAAUGUCGUGGUGGAAGAAUGGGAUACCGGUGCCUGGCACCAGAAACAGCACCAAGCCCGGAUUACACGGCGGCUACCUCUCGUCCGUCGAGCUCACACUAGAUUUAACCGAGGACAUGAACGGCGAGGUGUACACCUGCGAGGCCAAGAACGCUGAAUUGGGGAGAUCUAGCCACGACGCUACGACACUGGAUGUACUAUACAAGCCGAUAUUUUCGCCGUUGGACCCUUACGAAUUAACCGGCCUGGAAGGAGAGCCCUUUGUAAUUUCCGUAUCGGCAAGGGGCAAUCCGAACACGACGGAAUACACGUGGACAAGGGAUGGUCUACCGUUGGGUAGUAGCGGUAAGAGAAUAACCGCGCACGGUUCUACGCUAAAUAUCACGAGAUUGGAUCGUCAUGACGCCGGUACAUACAUAUGCGAGGCGCUGAACAAGGAAGGAACUACCUUUUAUCAGCUAAAUUUGACCGUGCAAUAUCCAGCUAAAAUCAAGCGUACUUCCUCGUCGGGGAUAGUUUAUCCGCCGGGUAUCGAAGCAAAGCUAUUUUGUGAAGUCGACGGCAGUCCAAUCGGUGACGAGUAUGUCACAUGGCAGAAAAUAGGAUCGAAUCCUGAGCUGCCGGGACGUUACUCGACAUCAUUCAUUAAUCGGACGUCGUAUCUUCACAUAGAAAAUCCCAGUCAAGAAGACGUUGGCGAGUAUCGAUGCAAAGUCAACAACGGCAUCGGCAACGUAACAUCGGAUUCUAUUCUAUUUAUUACAAAUUUUAAACCAGAAAUGACGAACACCCCGCUGACGCGAAAGGCAGCGGCGAACAAAGGAAUAAACGUCCAAUUGUUCUGCAAAGCGCGAGGAUCUCCAUUGCCGCAUUUCACUUGGAUCUUCAAUGGGAAAACUUUAUUGCCGAAUGCAACCGAGGAUAAAUACAGUAUCACUCACAGCGAUCUGUCGGAACUCUAUUCGGAAACAACGUUGACCAUCUACCACGUGAGAUCGCAGGAUUAUGGAAAAUACGAAUGUCGUGCCCAAAACAAAAUGGGACAUUCUACAGAAGAAAUACUUUUGGACGUCACUUCACCGCCGGAUAAGCCGAGUGAUUUGGAAGUCUAUAACUAUACUCACGAUUCGGUUACGUUGAUUUGGAAACGCGGUUUCGAUGGCGGCUUGCCGACGUCUCAUCAAAUACGAUGGCGACAAGCGCUAGAUUACGAGGAUCGCUAUCACUACCUGGACGUCGUACCCGGCGAAUACAAAACUACUAUAUCCGGCCUGUUGCUGGGGACUUAUUACGUAUUUAGCGUAAAGGCGAUCAACGAAAAGGGAGACAGUGGUUUCUUGCCAGAUCUCGUCAAAGUCCAGACACUUCGCCCGAAUAACGAGGAAAACCUGCCGGAUGUCCUCUCGGAAAAGGGUGACUUUCCGAUGAAUUAUAUCUAUACGUUAGCAGCGACUUCCGUCAUCAUUUUUAUCGUUAAUGUCUUCAUCAUGUCGUGGUACAUAAUACGAAAACGAAAUAAAACUCGUAUUAAUAAGUCGCAGACCGCGGAUAUGUAUGCACCGUCCACCGUCAAUGGCGACACCAUGACUGGCGAAUUAAGUUCGAUGUCGGACGAGAAGAGCGACGUCAACUUCGACGCUAAUGAUUACGUGGACGAGGGGCGCAAAACCGCAGCUAGCACGUAUUUAAUAGAUCAAACUAUGCAGGAUUUCGGGAAAGGCGGUUUAGAGAUGCAGGUUCAUCAGGGCACCCUCGGUCGUCGCAGCAAUCACAUGCAAACGUCCAUGAACAUGGACUCGCCGCCGCAGCGGACCACCGCCAGCGGGACUCUCUCAGUGUCGAAGUCGAGUUACAUCGGCAAUCCGAGCCCGGCGCCGCCCAACGACGUGAGCUUCUACAGCGUGGAGAUGGACAAUGGCGGUCGGGGCUAUAUGAGCUACGACGGGAAUCCGAGUCCGGCGCCACCCGCCAUCGAUCCAACCAGCGGACCCUACUAUCCCUCGUCCAUGGGUUCGACAGGUCACAUAAUGGGUGGACACAUGACGGGAGCCAGUACCGGUACCCUGACGCGCACCAGAACGCUGCCACGUCCCGUACCACCGCCCGACGUCACCGUGAUGACUGCGGGCACCAAAUCGCCGAUACCACCGUCGGUGCCGCCGCCACCCGCCACGUUCGCUCGUGCUGGUACCAACAACGGAGGUCCUCAUUCUCAUCCGCUGUCUACGUUUGCGGCGACGCCUAGUUACUCCGACAUCGACGGUCAUCUUGUCUGA